CCCGCUCCUCCUUCCUUCCAUCCUCCGGCUCCCCUCCUCCUCCGUCCCCGCCCCUCUCCUGCCCUCUCAUUGGCCGAGCUGGCCGGCCAGGCCUCCCCGGAUUUAAAGGGCCCGCUCUCCGCGCCGCCCUGGGAACCGCAGCUGGUCCCGGCCUUGCGGCCUGCGGGGGAGGCUGCCCGGAGGAGGCGGCGACGGUGGCGGCGGCGGUGCGUCCCUGGCCCCCAGGACCGCGGCUUCCUUCCUGCCAGGUCUAUCCAUCUGUCCAUCCAUCCGUGGGGGUCAGCAAUGGCCACCUUCAGCCGCCAGGAAUUUUUCCAGCAGCUGCUGCAGGGCUGUCUCCUGCCCACUGCCCAGCAGGGCCUUGACCAGAUCUGGCUGCUCCUUGCCAUCUGCCUCGCCUGCCGCCUCCUCUGGAGGCUUGGGUUGCCAUCCUACCUGAAGCAUGCAAGCACCGUGGCAGGUGGCUUCUUCAGCCUCUACCACUUCUUCCAGCUGCACAUGGUUUGGGUCGUGCUGCUCAGCCUCCUGUGCUACCUCGUGCUGUUCCUCUGCCGACAUUCCUCCCAUCGUGGCGUCUUCCUCUCCGUCACCAUCCUCAUCUACCUACUCAUGGGUGAGAUGCACAUGGUGGACACCGUGACAUGGCACAAGAUGCGAGGGGCCCAGAUGAUCGUGGCCAUGAAGGCGGUGUCUCUGGGCUUCGACCUGGACCGGGGCGAGGUGGGUGCAGUGCCCUCGCCCGUGGAGUUCAUGGGCUACCUCUACUUCGUGGGCACCAUCGUCUUUGGGCCCUGGAUAUCCUUCCACAGCUACCUACAGGCUGUCCAAGGCCGCCCACUGAGCCGCCGAUGGCUGCAGAAGGUGGCCCGGAGCCUGGCGCUGGCCCUGCUGUGCCUUGUGCUGUCCACCUGUGUGGGCCCCUACCUCUUCCCAUACUUCAUCCCCCUUGAUGGUGACCGCCUCCUUCGCAACAAGAAACGCAAAGCCAGGGGCACCAUGGUAAGGUGGCUGCGAGCCUACGAGAGUGCUGUCUCCUUCCACUUCAGCAACUAUUUUGUGGGCUUUCUGUCCGAGGCCACGGCCACGUUGGCAGGGGCUGGCUUCACCGAGGAGAAGGAUCACCUGGAAUGGGACCUGACGGUGUCCAAGCCACUGAACGUGGAGCUGCCCCGGUCCAUGGUGGAAGUUGUUACAAGCUGGAACUUGCCAAUGUCUUAUUGGCUAAAUAACUAUGUUUUCAAGAAUGCUCUUCGUCUGGGGACCUUUUCUGCUGUGCUGGUCACCUAUGCAGCCAGUGCCCUCCUGCACGGUUUCAGCUUCCAUUUGGCUGCGGUGCUGCUGUCCCUGGCAUUUAUCACUUACGUGGAACAUGUCCUCCGGAAGCGCCUGGCUCGGAUCCUCAGUGCCUGCGUCUUGUCGAAACGGUGUCCACCAAACUGUUCGCACCAGCAUCGCUUGGGCCUGGGGGUGCGAGCCUUAAACCUGCUCUUUGGGGCCCUGGCCAUCUUCCAUCUGGCCUACCUGGGCUCCCUGUUUGAUGUCGAUGUGGAUGACACCACAGAGGAGCAGGGCUACGGCAUGGCAUACACUGUCCACAAGUGGUCAGAGCUCAGCUGGGCCAGUCACUGGGUCACUUUUGGAUGUUGGAUCUUCUACCGUCUCAUAGGCUGAGGCACAUCUGUGGAUCCUCAAAGCUCCCUCAAGAC